UGGUCGCUGACUAGGUACAAAUCUACCAACUGCCUUGCUACCUUUUCCUUUGGCUGACGGUGUCUGGACUCAACGAGUAUCCCCGCGCUGUCGCUUACUCCGUACUCCUAUUGACCUUCAUUCAGCCAGCUAGCACUGAACGUGGGGCUUCAGGUCGGCGUCAACAGAGGAGAACACAUUGACUUUUUGCCCAUACUUAGUAUAUUUUGGUACCAGCUGGUCUGGUCAAGUUACUGUCUGAUAUAAUUACCCGAGCGAGAAACUGUUGAGGUGUUCCCUUCCAGAAUGAGCAUACCAACGCUACAAAUCAAUGACCGCACAGCGGAGAUGCCCAAGGUGGUCAUGACAACAACAACGACAACGACAGACGAGGAAGACCAGCAAGCAUCGUCGCCAGCGUCGGCAACGAGGAAAUCUCUGCACCAGAAUAUCUUCGGCAAGCUGCGUCCACUACCCUUCCAGUACCACUGGACGGUCUGGUACGACAAGUACACCGAGGGCAGUAACAACAGCUAUGACGAGCGCCUGUAUGUCCUGCACGAGGACGUGGCGGACAUUGCAACCUUCUACCGUGUCUAUAACAACUACCCAUGGGACAAGGUCCGCCUGCGCGACACGGUGCAUAUCUUUCGCAAGGGCGUCAAACCCGUCUGGGAGGACCCAGAGAACUCCAGGGGGGGUUGCUGGAAGUUCCGCGUGCCCAAGACCAACGCCCAGGCCUUCUUCCACGAAAUUGCCAUCCUGUGCAUGGCGAAUGAGUUCCAGGCCGUGCUGGAGCAGGAACAUGACCAUGUCUUGGGUGUUUCCACCUCUGUCCGCUUCAACUCCAACACCAUCUCUGUGUGGAACAAGCUGGGAAGCAACGAAAAGUCCAUCAAAGCGCUGGAAAAGACGAUCAUCGAUCGAUUAACGCCUGACCUGCGGCCCACCGCGGGCUCAUACUCUUACAAGCGACAUGAUGCAAACGAUGGGUACCAAGAAGCAAUGAGAGCUCUCUCGAGCCCGGCUAGCACAGUUGGUUCAGAAACUGGUACUGCCGGGAGUUGCGCAAAUAUUGGAUCGAAAUGAUUGCUUUAUUAGCCCAUUGAAUAUGGAGCAACCAAGUAGUUACUAUAUGAUAUGCUACUAAAUAACUCAACUAUUAUAAGCAAAACAGUUCUUACAUAGAUAGACUAUUAUUGAUUACUCA